AUGGUCGAAUGCUUGGUGAUUCCCAAGGUGACAGGAGCCAUCCCCACAACCCAACUGGAUAUCUCGAAGUGGCCGAUUCCGACAUCCGUGUUUCUGGCUGAUCCCGAGUUCAAUACGCCUGGCCAAAUCGAUAUGCUGCUUGGCGUAUCCCAUUUCCUCCGACUGCUCAAAUUGGGAAGAAUCCAGCUGCGAGAGGACUUGCCCGACCUCCAGGAGACGCAAUUUGGAUGGGUGGUCGCUGGUGACGUCGAGGAAGAACAGAACGAUCAGCAGUGCUAUGUAUCCUCAGCCAGCACACUCUCCGAGACCAUGAAAAGGUUUUGGGAAGUCGAAGAAGUCAACGAUGCUGAUCAACCUACGGACCAGGAGGAAUGCGAAAAGAAGUUUCUGGAUACCCACUAUCGAGACGUGGACGGCAGAUAUGUUGUGUCGCUGCCUUUCCGAGAAUAUCCUCCCCAGCUGAAGGACAACCGAGAGUUAGCCCUGCGUCGCUUCUUUUCCCUUGAAAGGCGGAUGAAGAAGGAUCCUGCUCUCAAACUCCAGUACAGCAAGUUCAUCGACGACUAUGAAGCCCUGGGACACUGCCGAAAGAUCAUCGAGGAUUGCGAUGCACCGAGUCAACCCCGGUACUACAUGCCCCAUCAUGCGGUACUGCGUCCAUCGAGCUCCAGUACAAAGCUUCGUGUGGUGUUCGAUGCAUCAGCCAAGGCUUCGCCAUCUGACGUUGCUCUCAAUCAAGCUCUUCUGGUGGGAGCAACAGUGCAGAACGACAUCUUCGUGAUCCUCGAUCGCUUCCGGAAGCACUUCGUUGUGUUCACGGCUGAUAUUUCGAAGAUGUAUCGGCAGAUUAAGGUAGUUCCAGCCCAUUCGUGCUUCCAAAGGAUCUUCUGGCGAGAUGAUCCUGCGCAACCUCUUCGGGUACUGGAGUUGACAACGGUGACGUAUGGAACAGCGUGCGCUUCAUUCCUCGCGACAAGGUGUUUGUUGCAGCUGAGUAUCGACGAGGCCGACUCCUUUCCCAUCGCUGCGAACAUCAUCCGAGAAGAUUGCUACGUCGACGACAUCUUAUCUGGAGCUGAUACCGUAGCCGAAGCCAUCGAAUGCCAGACCCAGCUUAUUGGAAUGCUGAAAUCCGCUGGGUUCCCUGUCCAUAAGUGGAGCUCCAACUCUCCGAAGCUACUUGAAUGCAUCCCUGAAUCAGAUCGUGAGGAGUUGCUGAAUCUGACAGACGGCUGCGAAGGAGUCAUGAAAACUCUAGGUUUGACCUGGAGUCCGCAGCGGGAUGAGUUUGCAUUCGUCGCUAACCAUCUUGCUAACGAAUCCAAACCACCGACCAAGCGAUCUGUCCUUUCCGAAAUCAGCAAGCUGUUUGAUCCGAUUGGUCUUCUAUCCCCGGUAAUCAUUAUCGCCAAACUCAUCAUGCAGAGGAUUUGGCUAGCAGGAGUUCCGUGGGAUGCGAAACUGGAGGUAAGUAGCAUCAGAAUUCCUCGGUGUGUCGUAACACCGAACUACAUCGCUGUUGAGGUGCAUGGCUUCUCGGAUGCAUCGAAACUGGCAUAUGGAGCAGCGGUGUAUCUGCGCAGCAUUUUCCCUGACGGAUCCGCAAGUCUAAGCUUGCUGUGCAGCAAAUCGAAGGUGGCUCCUACAAAGCAAGUCACCAUUCCCCGUAUGGAGCUGCUGGGAGCGUUUCUCCUGGCUCGACUGGUUUCCAAGGUCCUCGGAUCGCUCGACUUGAAGGUGGACAAUACCAUUCUCUGGACGGACAGCCAGAUAGUCCUCGCUUGGCUGAAGAAACCACUGACAUCCCUUCAAGUGUUCGUUCGGAAUCGUAUCGGGAAAAUACAGGAGCUCGCCGGCCCGCUGAGUGCGCAAUGGAAGUACAUCUCAACGAAAGAAAAUCCGGCAGACAUCGUGUCACGAGGACAACUACCAGAAGCAUUGCGUACCAACGAUCUGUGGUGGACGGGACCCAAGUUUCUGCAGAGUGUAGAGUACGAGGCGGAGAUCCCAGCAGAUCUGCCUGACGAUGUCAUCCCGGAGAUUAGAGCAACACCGAUCAUCGCAGCGUUGGCCAUCAACCAAGAUGAACUGCCUGUGUUUUCGAAGUACAGCUCAUUUCGGAAACUACAGCGCGUGACUGCUCUAGUUCAGCGAUUUAUUCGGAACUGCCGAAUAAAGAACGCCUCACAGCGCGUUACCAGUCAUCGUCCAACGAUUCCAGAGUUACGAGAGUCUCUGGAACUCAUCGUGAAGGUUAUCCAGCAUGAGACGCUAGCGGAUGAAAUUCAUCGCAUGGACGCCAACGAGCCGUGCAAGCGGAUCUACGCGCUGCAUCCCAUCUACUGCAACGGAGUUCUACGAGUCGGAGGGAGACUUCAGCAUUCGAAGCUUCCAUUCGCCAGCAAACAUCAGUUCGUGUUACCAAAGCAUCCGAUCACCGAUCUCAUCAUCAAGGCCUACCACGAGGAGCUAAUGCACAUCGGUCCCUCUGGUCUACUGGCGGCCCUUCGUUUGAAGUUUUGGCUGCUAGACGGACGAUCAUCCGUACGGAAGAUUACGAGAUCCUGCGUCCACUGUUUUCGUUCCAGACCAAAGGGUUCCAGCCAACUAAUGGGAAGCCUGCCGUCCUGCCGAGUGACCCAAGCACAUCCAUUCGAAAGGACUGGCGUAGACUACGCAGGCCCGGUACUGGUCAAGGAGGGCCGGUACAAACCACGACUUGUGAAGGCCUACAUUGCCGUAUUUGUUUGCAUGGCAACAAAGGCGGUUCAUCUGGAGUUGGUCUCCGACAUGACCAGCGAGGCCUUCUUAGCAGCAUUCCACCGGUUUACCAGUCGGCGUGGCUUGAGCAAGGAAGUAUAUUCCGAUAAUGGGCAUCUGAAGCGAACUUUGAGAGAUGCCAAGCUGACUUUUGAGGAAUACGCUACGGUAUUAACGCAGGUGGAGGCGAUCCUCAAUUCUCGACCUCUUUUCUCCAUGUCUGCCGACCCGUCCGAUCCAGAAGUGAUAACUCCUGGUCACUUUCUCGUUGGACGUCCUCUCAUCGCCACCCCAGAGCCUACCUACGACGAUGUACCAUUGAAUCGAUUGUCCCGAUGGCAAUAUUUGCAGCAUCUUCGCGAGCAAUUUUGGAGACAGUGGAGAAAGGAUUACCUACUGAGUCUGCAACCUCGAACGAAGAACCAACAAACGAGUCCGAAUAUUCGUCCUGGAAUGAUCGUUUUGGUUGAGGAGAAAGAUCUGCCAUCUCAAAGCUGGAGACUUGGUAGAAUAACCAACGUGUACCCUGGAUCGGACAAUCUUGUGCGAGCUGUCGACGUGAGGAUUGGCGGAACAACAUACCGACGAGCCAUUUCCAAACUCUCCAUUCUGCCGAUCGAAGACAACUGCAAUCCACAUUGCAGUGCUUCAGAUGACUUCCAGCCCGGGGGUGCAUGUUCGCUACCGACAAACACACCGUGGCGGAAGAAGCAGUAUACCCGGUGUCUGUAG